UUUCGGCUUUACAGAACAGAAAGCCGCGAGAGCGCGCCGCGAGUGUGUGUCUGCCUUAAAACAUAGUCGCCACCCGCGCCGGGCGCACGCUCGCCUUUCCAAAAUCGGACUCGAAUUUUUAAAUUCGGUUUUCUAAAUUUAAUCUGAGUUGGGUUUUUGGAUUUCGGGUUUAGUUUGUAGAUUUUUAGUGUUAUGCGUUUGAGGCUGUAAUUUUUUGACAAUGGAAGUAAGUGCGAUGCCUCCUAUGCCUCUGGACUUCUCCAUGGUGAGGAAUGGAAGUGGAUCUCCUGGUUCGCUGCGGGAGGGAUCUCCAAGACCUGUGUCCAACAGCGCCUUCCGAGUUGUCACUCCAAAAGGAGUGACAGCGAGUGAAGCAUUACGGAAUGGCUUGUGCCAGUCUCUGUGGGGUGCCUCAGCCAGUCGAUCGGAACCGAGGAUCGCAUCUCCACCUCCACCAAGCCAUGAGACUCCGUACCCUGUGAGAGAGGAAAUCAAAUUCGGUAUCAACCGUUUAGUCAGCGAGAGAACAGAAAGGACAGAAGAUGAGGAAGAGGAACAUCAUAAUGAGACACGACCUGAGGGCAUAUCCCCAGCCUCGCGCUGCGGUAGUCCCUGUUGGGCGCCAUCACCACAAUCCCCAAGAUCUGUUCGCUCCAGUUCCCCAGAACUUGAAGUGGAUUCCCCACCAUCUUCCCCAAGAAGACCACCAGACACUUCCCCUCCUCCUAAAAGAUCGGAAGCUUUCUCUGUGAGUGCAUUGUUACGACCUGAUGCCCCAAGAGUGCAACCUCAAAGACCAUUCUUAUAUCCUCCACUGCCUUUUGCGGAGUUUCUGAGAGAUGCUGGGAGCCUUGGUCUACCUGGCUGGGGAGGGUACAGCAACCUGUACCUUCACGCUGUUCAAGCAGCUGGUCCAGAACUCUUGAGGCUUCGUGCAGCUGUCCUUGGUGCUCCUGGCCCUUUAUCCAGGCCUUUACCAUUAGGAGAUGUGUACUCCUGUGUCAAAUGUGAGAAGAUGUUCAGCACUCCUCAUGGUCUGGAGGUGCAUGCCAGACGAUCUCAUAACGGAAAGCGGCCCUUUGCUUGUGAACUCUGCAGCAAGACAUUCGGACACGAGAUCAGUUUGAGUCAGCACAGGGCUGUCCACAGUGUCGAAAAGGUCUUUGAAUGCAAGCAAUGCGGGAAGACCUUCAAACGAUCAAGCACGCUGUCUACCCAUCUUCUGAUCCACUCUGACACCAGACCCUACCCUUGUCAGUACUGCGGAAAGCGUUUCCACCAAAAAUCGGAUAUGAAGAAGCAUACCUACAUACAUACUGGUGAGAAACCCCACAAAUGCCAAGUUUGUGGCAAGGCCUUCAGUCAAAGCUCGAACCUGAUCACCCACUCCCGCAAGCACACUGGGUUCAAGCCAUUUGCCUGUGAGCUGUGUGGACGGGCCUUUCAGAGGAAGGUGGAUCUGAGGAGACAUAAGGAGACACAGCAUGCUGAUCUGAGACCCCCUCAGCCGCCGCAUAUGCAGCCCCACACUGAUGUGCAUGGCAUGCAUCCCACUGAAAUGCAUGCUGUGCCUGACCAUCGAAUAGAUCUCCGUCCUCCCCACCCAGACCUGCGUCAGCACCCUGACUUCAGAGCACACAUGAGCACCGCAGUGCCUCCUCUGCAGCCACUACCAUCCUGAACCUCAACAGCCUUCGCGCCAACUGGCUGGCGUUAAGGCUUGAUGAUGGAGUAGAACGUGAUAGAGCGAUGUGGCAGUGACCAGUUUAAAAAGUAAUUUGACUAUAAAAACAAUGAUCUUUUUUUUUCUAAACAAAAUUAGUUUCGCACACGAUGUCGUGUCGUGAGCAUGUCGUUACGUAAUGAGUAAAUGUCUCGCUCGCUUCGUCGUGUGCGAAUCGUUCGGUUUAUUGUACAGGGACGUACUCGGUUUCCGUAUUAAUGGUCGUAAGUUAUUUUAAAGUUUAAAGUUCAAAAUUAUAAAUAAAAAAAUGUUUUGGUUUAUUUUAUAUAGAAUUUAUGUUUACAAAACGUGAUAAAUAUGUUUUUGUUGUUAUUUUUAUUCCUUUUUUUUUUAAAUACUCAAUGAUGAGCUCACGGUACAGUGUGUUGCAAUAGUGUUUUGUUUUAAGAAUAUCACCUAAAUUAUUUUAAACACAGUCUUGGUCAAAUGUCGUGGGUAAAUAUUUUUAUUUGACUACAAAGAGGUUUAUUAAUUUGAACUAAUCCAUUCCACAUCGCUAUACGGAGCAGUGUAAAAUAUUGAAUAGGAAACCAACAUAUAGUAUACAAAUAAAUACAUUUUAUUGUUACCGCAGCUCUAAUAAGUAGUUAUAAUCAAAUUAUUAUAAUAAAAAAAAAUAUAAACGCUUUGUAAUUGUGAGUUUUUUGAUCUCAAAGUAAACUACAGAAUAAAGUGUUUAAAUAAAUGUAAAUAUUGUUUGUGUUGCAUUAAUGUAAAAUGUAAUCAAUCUUACGUAAUAAUUAUAAAUGGAGAGAAAAAUUAUGUAUCUAUGAAAAUAUUUCUGAAAAAAAAAUACUCAAUAUUAAAAAAAAACUGCAACACAAGCAAUUACUUUAGCGGGCAAAAUCCAAAGAGCACAAAUGUUUAUAAAUUAAUUAAAAAUAGUAAUUUUUGAGGCACCUAAUUGUAAAGUCACAAAAUAUAUUUAAUGGACUGAUGGAAUCAUUCCAAAAUGUUUUUUUCCAAUUACUAUUUAGACAUGAACAAUUUAAUUUUAAGAACGGACUUUAUUUAGGAACGCUUAUGUUUAUCCUAUUUUUAUAAUUGUUGUUUAUUGACAUCAUUCCGUGUUAUUUUCUUAAAAAAAAAAAUAGAAAUUAGUCAAUGUAUUAACAUUACCACCACUUUCAGCAUCUCUACAAAUAUGUUAUAAUAGUCCAAUCUUAAAUUGGAAUAAUAGUAUAAAAUAUUAUGGCAACUGCAAUAGAUUAAUAAUCAAAACAUUAUACCAAAGUACAUUACCCAAUAUUAAUAAUAAUUCGUGUCAUAUAAAAUAAUUAUGUGUCAUAUUAAUAAUAGUCGAAAUAAUUUCAUUAGAAUAGAAUUUUAAAAUAGAAAAAUACUCGCAUAUCAAUACUAUAUUCAUUUACUAUAUUAUUAUAUCUAAAUGAAAUCGAAUUAUGUAAAAUAUUUAGCUGAUUAUAGUUAAGAAUUAGUUUAAAAAUGUACAAAAAAUGUUGUCUAUUUUUAUGGCUGUAAUCUUUUGUAAAAGCACUUAGAUUUAAUUCAUUGUAUUUGUAAUUAUACUUUUGCUGCUGUUUUUGUUCAGAACAAAAUAUAUUAAAAAUUCCAGAAGUAGAUUCCAUUCGUCUGCAUUCCAGAUUUUUCAUAUAAAAAUACAAAAUAUAAAAAGACAGUCUAGCAUUCCAUAUUUUAAUUAGAAUGUUGAUGAUUUAUAUAAACAUAGUAUCGUCACUCUUCUUCAAUUCCUUUCACAGACUUCACUUCAAGCAAAUCCAUAAGUUGCUAUACGUAAUUGUAAAUAAAUUAUUUAAAAAAUUGUAUUUAAAAAAAAACUUCUCGUCAAAAUUUUUAAAAUAAAAAUUGUAUGUUAUUAAAUGUAAUGUAAUAAAUAAACUCAUUGUAAAUAUUGUAUAGAAACAUUUAAACUAGUUACGUUAACGAUCCCAAAGAAAUACGUGCAAUCCUACGGUCGUAAUUUACCAGUUAUAAUUAUAAGUAACUGUCACUUCAAUAAAUAUGAUGAUGUAUUAA